ACACGCAUUAUAUAGCGUUGAGCCCUGCCUCUGUGUCUCUUGGUUUUAUCAAGCUAAGCCAAGCGGUCUCUUAAAGAGCGAUAAAUCUGGAGAUAAGGCCGAAGCACGGGCUCAUUAGAAAAGGACCUCCGCUUCAUUACUAGCCACUCUUGAGGAGCCAGUUCAUAUGUCUACCCAGGAAACUUGUUAUACUUAAUCCGGGGCUGUAACUCACAAUUGAUUGUUCGUUAAUACCGAGUACCUGGUUUGAUUUUCUCAUUUGUGUGAGAAAAUGAGUAGUUAUACGCUAUCAGCGACAUCAGCGGAGCAUCAAUUUGCGAACAAUUUUGACAAAGUUGCCGCAUAUCAGAACGCUCUACAGAAUAACAAGGCCAAUUUUUCUGUUAGCCACUUAUUAGAUUUAGAGGAAUUACCAAGUGAAAAUUGUGCUAUGUACGCGAACACAGAUCCUCAGCCUGGUCUACCCACACAAGCAUGUACCCCAAACUUGAACGGCACCCCGAAUGGGGGACUGACAGAUCUUGGGGAGGACCCACCAAGCCCACAGGACAGGAAUGGACCAAACCAACAAUCCAAGGACUCGCCACAGAGCAAUGACGAUGACAAAGAUGACAAGGAUGGCAAAAGACGACGAAAACAGCGACGAAACAGAACAACGUUCAACAGUACACAGCUAGCAGCAUUAGAGCGAGUGUUUGAGAGAACACACUACCCAGACGCCUUCGUUAGGGAAGAACUGGCGAGGAGGGUCAAUCUCAGUGAAGCUAGAGUACAGGUAUGGUUCCAAAACAGAAGAGCAAAAUUCCGACGGAACGAACGAAAUAUGAUGGCUCAACGCGGAAACCUUUACGGACGGCCAGAGAACACACCAAUUGAACAACCCAUCACGCCCCGCCCAUCAUCAAUGAACAAUGACAACUUGUCGUGGUACGCCCCUCCUGCGUACAGUCCCUCAACGACAACAAACAGUUGUGCCUUGGCCAACCAUUCGUACACACCUCCUCCCCCAAACAUCGGCUCUAGCAUCGCUUGUCUUCGACUCAAGGCGCAAGAAUACAAUAAUGUUAUGCAACAUAAUCCCUACGCGCAUCAAAUGCAGCAAUGACUAGGCGGAGGGGGUGUGGGAGUGGGUGGGGCUAACCUUGCGGGCGGAUCAUUGGGAGGGGAAAAACAGACUUAUGGAAGCCCAUACGCGCAAUUUGGUCAGGAAAUAAAUCAUGGACUUCAAACACAAGACAGUGAUAACUACACAAUUGCUCAGAUAUAGCCAAAUGUAUCAAGCACGAAAAUGUAGUUUUACUUUUAUUCAAUUGUGUUACGACUGAGUAAUACGGAUGUUGCUGACAAGGUAUUAGAAAUUCCUGAUACUUGUUAUAAAACAGCCUGGAUCUCAAUUCUGACAAUUUCAUAAAGUGAAGAAGACAUUGAGAUACAGAGAAAUCUAUAGGAUUUAUAAUAUCGUAUCCACCGUAUGGUCUCCUACAACAACUGCAUCAUUGGUAUUCCGGAAGUAUGUCAGGUUUCAUGAAUAAAGACUUCCGGUUAUGAUGUGCGCAUGAAGAUAGGGAAAGCUAUUGGCGGUGCUUAAGUGUGUCUUGCAUGUGGUCAAUAAUAGAAAUCAUUUUAACAAUACAAAAGAGGAAGAAAUGAAAUACGGGUGCUAUCACACAAUGCAAUAACGCCGCCCCUUCCAAACAAACAACGAGUUUAACAUUUCAUCCAAUCGUUAAAAUGUUAUAUUAUUUGGUAGUUUUGGUAUCAUACUGCUUGUUAGAACAGACAAAUUGGAAAGUAAUGGACAUCGUUGAAAACUAAUAGUGCCUUAUCAAAAUUGAAAUAUUAUCUGUCAUUAUACAAUAGUAGUUAUUUGUGAAUAAUAUUCCUAGACCUUUAAAAGUUGAAAGUACGAUAGGAAGAAAAUGCCGAAACUCUCAGCAGCAUUCGAAAACUCUUGUAGCGCCAAAAAUAUCUAGCGGCACAUGAUUCAGAAAGAACUUUGUGUCUAUACGCCGUCUUCCUGGAGUGUUAAAGACAUACCUGCCUGGAGAUUCACGUGCUGAUAAUGUCACGUGAUGCGGAUCGGCAAGUGAAAGGUAUUCUUAGCAACACAGUAAUCAUCCCUACUGAUUCCGUCUCAUUGACAUUAUCAUCGAAAAUAUCGUGCGCGAUAAAGAGGAGUAACUUCUCAUUGACAGUAUCAAGAUCAUCAGCAAAGGUCAACUGGCUCAAGUGUUAGCAUAUCGUCAAGGAUAUUUGUCUUGAUCCAGUCUUAAUAACAACAUUUAAACAAGCGGUCUAUGAAUAGCUAUGUUGAGCUAGUUGUACAAUAUAAACAAGACAAUAGCUUUUAAAACAUUAUUGGGAUUUGAUGAUACAUACUUAUGUAUACUAUAUUAGCUACAAUGUUUUUUUUUAUUUGAAUUGCUGCAAAACCUGUGAUUGAUAAGAUAGCUUACAUAAACAUUUAGAGUUUAUAAGAUUGUUAUGUCUGCCAUGCGAUGAUGCCUAUUUCAGUUAAACCGUAUCAGGGAUAUAUGACCAUCAACCAAGAGAUAUCAUAGCUGUCAAAAUACUCUUGUUUAUUUUUUUGUUCUUUUAAAACUGACACUCAAAAAGCCGUGUGUAAAACCAUUUAUUUAUUAAUAACAUUUUAAUUGAUUUUCAAUUGUUUUUGAGUGCUAAAUCUCUUCAAUGCACUAUUAAGUUAUGUAUUGAUGGAUCGCCGAUAUUAGAGAAGUACGAAUAACCAUUGAACAUUUUAAGUCCUUGUCAAGUGCUAUAGACAAACAGGGAUACAUGUAUCAUUAUGAAACAAAAUAUACCAUUAUUGUAAAUAGCAUUGAAUGAUAGUGAUUUUAUGUAAUGAUGACGUCACAAUGAUACUUGUUAUGAUGUGAAAAAGACAUGAUUGUUGAAUAUCUUGUUCACCAUGUACGUGAGUGUUCGUGUUACAAAUGUUGGUACAGAGCAAAUGAGCAAAUGAAUGUGUAUGUUUAUUACUGGCGCAUGCGCGUGAGAGAAAUGUGAGAGAGCGUGUUGGUGAACUUGUGGUCCCCAAAGGACAGUAUUUUCACUGUUGUACACAUCUCCUUACUGUUGUAAAUGGUACUGUAAACUAUUUUCAUACGUUUAAUAUCGUUUAAUAUCUUUAUUGAUAUGCAUAAUUAUAAAAUAAAUCUUUUUGAUAUAAA